UUCCUCAUUGCCACACUUCAGACAAGGAUGUAGACACAGAAACUAGUUCAUUCAUUUAUAAUAAAAGAGACCUACUAAGAACUGGGAACAGUAAGCCCUUUAACCAGAGAUGUCCAGCUGCCUUUCAGACCUGAUUAAGUACCAAAGGCUAUUUCAAAUUAUCUUCGUUUUGGGAAUUGGCGGAUCCCUGCAAGUUGGCCUUCAAAUUUCUAUGAUCACUUACACUUCUGUGCAUGUUAAAAAGUUUAUCAAUGAAACCUGGCAAGAGCGAUAUGGCUCUCCUCUUCAUCAUGAGACCCUUAUGUUGCUGUGGUCCUUCAUUGUGUCUGUCUUCGGUAUAGGGGGACUCUUGGGGUCUAUGGGCAGUGGAUACCUGACUAGAAAAUAUGGCAAGAUCAAACCAUUUAGCACCUUGAAA